AUGCUGUGGGUAGAUAAACACUCUCCUCGUGAGAUCGAGGAGCUCUCCAUUCACCCAGACGUCUCUCGUCUUCUACUAAAGCAAGCGGCGUCGCCUUCGCUUCCACAUCUUCUCUUUUACGGGCCGACAGGCGCAGGGAAAAAGACGCGCGUCCUCGCCCUCGCUCGCCGAAUCUUCGGCUCCGGCGUCGACAAGGUCAAAGUUGAGACGUUCACUGACCGCGAGUCCGGUACUGAGGCGACAGUCUGCCGAUCGUCCCACCAUAUUCUGCUGUCUUGUCAGGAGUUUGGUUUGAAGGAUCGCGCAAUUGUCCAGUCGAUCAUCAAAGACAUCGCCGAGAGCACGACUCUCUCGGGAGUCUCCUCCUUCUUCGCCGCUCCCAAGGCCUCCAAUGUGCCAUCCUUCAAAAUCUGCAUUUUCCAAGACGCUGAUCUUCUCUCGGAGGGCGCUCAGCAUGCACUGCGCCGCACGCUGGAGAUUUACUCUUCGCGUCUCAAGUUCGUGUUUCUGGUUGAGAGACUCGAGCGUUUUUCGGCGCCUCUGAAAAGUCGGUGCUUCUGCGUGCGCGUGCCGCUGCCCUCGCACCGCGAAGUCGUCACCUACCUCAGAUCCAUCUGCGAUCGAGAGGGAUUGACGCCUGAGAUGGCCCCGGACGCUCUCCUCCAGACGAUUUCGGAGCAAAGCGGGCGCAAUCUGCGCCGUGCGGGCCUUGCGCUGGAGUGCAUCGCGACUCACAACUUCACAGCCCCUCUGUCUUCCUCCCUCUCGAUUCCUCGAGGCGAAGCGUCUCCGUUUCCUCUGCCUUGGGAGCGGCUCUGCGAUGAAGCGGCGGUCUGCGCGUUUCGCCAGCAGAAUCCGGUGUCGCUCUCGGAGUGUCGAGGGAUGCUCUACGACUUGCUGGCAGUUCUCAUUCCCGGAGAAUUGAUUCUCAUGCGCCUGCUGGCCACGUUGCUUGCGCUCCUGAAGAAGGAGAGCCCGGGGAAGGCGACGCACUCGCCGCCUCCCGUGCACGCAGGUGUCUCUGCAGAUACCCCAGGGGCUCUCGGGAAGCCCCGCAAGGCCCCCGGCCAAGACCCCGCGACAGUGCUGGUGCAUGCAGCCGCGCAUUUCUCGCAUACACUCAAAAAAGGCUCAAAAGAAAUCAUUCACCUCGAGGCCUUCCUCGCGCAAGCGAUGCGCGUUCUCCACCUCGCCGGAGUGAACCGCACGUAG